AUAUAGACAUACACUGUUACAGUAUGUUGCAGAAUAGCCAUAGUGCAAAAACUGACCAGUUCUGAAAAUCCCAGACGCGCAGUUGAAGUGUUGAGUUGAAUUGUUCUCAAGUGCAGCAUUUAUGUUAUCCAGUUUCACAGAAUGUUCGACUGUGGUUACAAGUCGCAGUAUAUGGGCGGCCAGAGGGAGAAAUUCGUAAGGUUGGAUGAUUUGGAUUCUUCAUUAUCAAUGGCUUCUGAUGCUGGUAGAUUAAAGAGAUGUGGGUUUAAUUUAGAACUAUUGACCCGGGCUGGUCAUUCCAACAAUAAUCCAUCCCGAUCCUUUCGGAGAGGAGUGAAAAAAGGGUCUGAAGGACUCAUGUCAAUCGGGCGAUCACUAAGAUCUGGUGUCACCCGAGCUGUAUUUCCAGAAGAUCUUAAAGUGUCUGAGAAAAAGAUUUUUGAUCCUCAAGACAAAUCCAUUCUAUUGUGGAAUAAGCUUUUUGUGAUAUCAUGUCUUCUUGCUGUGUCUGUGGAUCCUUUGUUUCUUUACCUUCCUGUCUUCAAUUAUGCUUCAUACUGCCUUGGUAUUCACACAGAGCUAGCAAUCACUACUACGACAGUGAGGACUUUAAUUGACAUGUUUUACCUUAUCCGCAUGGUUCUCAAAUUCCGGACAGCUUAUAUAGCACCAUCAUCUCGGGUUUUUGGGCGAGGUGAACUUGUCAUAGAUCCUGCACAAAUAGCUAAGAGAUAUUUAAUGCGAUACUUCAUCGUUGAUCUCCUUGCUGUGCUGCCCCUUCCACAGAUGACAGUCUGGAAAUUUCUCCAAAGAACAAAAGAUUCGGAAGUAUUCACCACAAAAAGAGUAUUGCUUAAUAUUGUAUUUUUACAAUACAUUCCACGAUUUUUCCGAAUUUUACCCUUGACUUCAGAGUUGAAAAAGUCUGCUGGUGUUUUUGCCGAAACUGCUUGGGCUGGUGCUGCCUACUAUUUGCUCUGGUACAUGCUUGCUAGUCAUAUAGUUGGGGCUUUAUGGUACUUACUUGCGAUAGAACGUCAUGGCACAUGCUGGAAGAAUGCUUGUAAAGAUGAAGUGAAAUGUACUGCAGAAUUCUUGUAUUGCGGAAAUAGACAUAUGCAAGGUUACAGUAAAUGGCAAGCAAUCAGAAAGUCUCUUCUUGACGAGAAGUGCUCCGCCAGUGAAGACUCGCCUUUCAAUUAUGGAAUCUACACACAGGCUAUAUCAUCUGGUGUUGUUGCAUCCAGGAUUUUCUUCUCUAAAUUCUGUUACUGCCUGUGGUGGGGUCUACAGAAUUUAAGUACAUUGGGCCAGGGACUUGCAACCAGUACUUAUCCUGGAGAGAAUCUCUUUUCCAUAGCACUAGCCAUCUUUGGGCUUAUCUUGUUUGCACUUCUAAUUGGAAACAUGCAAACUUAUCUUCAAUCACUUACUGUUCGUCUGGAGGAAAUGAGGAUCAAAAGGCGCGACUCAGAGCAGUGGAUGCACCAUCGAUUGCUUCCACAAGAUCUUAGGCAUCGAGUUAGACGCUAUGAUCAAUACAAGUGGUUGGAAACACGAGGUGUAGAUGAAGAGAACUUGGUUCAGAAUCUACCAAAGGACCUCCGGAGGGAUAUUAAGCGACAUCUCUGUUUAAAUUUGGUGAGAAGGGUUCCUCUUUUUGACAAUAUGGAUGAACGACUGCUUGAUGCCAUUUGCGAGCGGCUGAAACCAAGCUUAUACACAGAGCAAACGUAUAUAGUGCGGGAAGGAGACCCAGUUGAUGAGAUGCUCUUCAUCAUACGUGGUCGGCUAGAGAGUGUGACCACAGAUGGUGGCAGGAGUGGAUUUUACAAUAGAGGUUUGCUGAAGGAAGGGGAUUUUUGUGGAGAGGAGCUGCUUACAUGGGCACUGGAUCCCAAAGCUGGUUCUAGCUUACCAUCAUCUACUCGGACAGUGAGGGCUCUAACAGAGGUGGAGGCUUUUGCCUUAAUAGCAGAAGAGCUGAAAUUCGUUGCCAGUCAAUUCAGGCGCCUUCACAGUAGACAGGUUCAGCACACCUUCCGUUUCUAUUCGCAGCAGUGGAGGACUUGGGCUUCCUGCUUCAUUCAAGCUGCAUGGCGUCGCUACUCCAAGAGGAAAAGUGUGGAACAACGUCGGAGAGAGGAAGAGAAUGAACCAGAAGAAGAAAGGGGGUUGCUUAUUCCCAAUGAUAGUCUUGAAGGUAGUUCAUCCAGUCUUGGUGCGACAAUCUUUGUGUCGCGGUUUGCAGCCAAUGCUCUUCGUGGGGUUCAUAGGUCUCGCCACUCCAUGAGUUCCAAAAGCUUAGUGAAACUGCAGAAGCCUUCAGAGCCUGACUUCGAUGCUGAUUAUGCAGAUUAAUCACUUUAUUUGUGUUUUGAUGAUGACAAAAAAAUUAACUAUGGAGCUGGCUAUUGCUUGCUUGCUCGAUUUAUCUAUAUGUAUAUUAUGUA